AAGAGAGGGAAAAGGCCCAGGAUGACGUAGCGUUAUUAAAGCAACUCAGGAAAGAGCAGACGAAGGUCAUGUGAUUCCAUGACACAUGUGUAUGUAUAUAUACGGGAUGCCUGGUGACUCUGCUCAGACUGUGCUAAACUUCCCUCUUCAGAACCACCCAUCACUUCAGAGAAGUUACCUGCCACGAUGAUGCCUGGGGGCUUAUCUGAGACCAAGCCUGCUACUCCAGAAGUCCAGCAUAUCGUUAACCAGGUGAAGCCACAAUUUGAAAGCAAGGAGAACAAGACAUAUGACACCUUUAAAGCCAUAGUGUAUAAGACUCAGGUGGUUGCUGGGAUAAACUACUUUAUUAAGGUCCAAGUUUGCAAUGAUGACUAUGUCCACUUAAGGGUGUUUGUGAGCCUUCCUCAUGAGAACCAAGGUCCCAGCCUUGUCAGUUUUCAGACUGGCAAAACCAGAGAUGAUCCUCUGACCUACUUCUGAGAGAUGAGGAGGAAUGGUGCCUCACUUCUGCAAGCUGCAUGUGGAUUCUGCCUGUUUUAGUAAAUGCAUGAAAAUAAAAUAAGUUUUGAAAGCUAUUUGUUCAUCUGCUGCAUGUCACAUCUAGCUCUGCUGCCUGGCUGAAGCUUGAGUAGGCUCUGAAAUACUAUUCAAGGCUGUUUCUGCUACCUGAGGUACUAUAGCUGUAAGACAGAGCACACCUAUGUCAGCUCCUCUUUCCAAAACACUCAGGCAUCCUCUGAAGACAAAACCUGGGCCUCCUGAGUAUACUUCAGGCAAACAGGCUAAGUACUUCAGCAUUGGCUGCUUGGUUUUGCUUUUUAAGUGCAUUAAAUACGACCUAUUG